AUAUUGAUGCAAACCGUACCCAUCUGAAACCAACAGUCCAACAUGAGAUUAAAGGGGUGUUGAGAAAAUGAUGGAGGUUGUGAUUGUUGCAAUUGCUGCUACCCUUGGGAAUUUGCUCAUGGGAUGGGAUAGUUCAACAAUUGCAGCGGGUAUGACCUACAUCAAGCAGGAAUUCAACUUGGACACUAAUCCUACACUUGAAGGGCUAAUCGUGUCUAUGUCAUUUAUAACUGGUACUGUUGUGACAAUUUUCUCUGGGACAGUUUCUGAUUUGGUUGGAAGACGUCCUAUGUUGAUAACAUCUUCGAUUAUGUAUUUCCUUAGUGGUUUGGUAAUGUUGUGGGCUCCUAAUGUCACUGUUGUUCUGGUGUCGAGGAUAUUGGAUGGGGUUGCAUGUUGUCUUGCUUAUUCUCUUACUCCUCUUUACAUAUCUGAGGUGGCACCAGCUGAUAUCAGGGGCCAAUUGAACACUUUCACACAGUUUGCAUCUUCUGGUGGAAUGUUUUUAGCUUACAUCUUGGUGUUCUCAAUGUCGUUGACCUAUUCGCCAAGUUGGAGAGUCAUGCUUGGAGUUAUUUCUAUUCCUUCUGUGGCUUAUUUUUUGCUGGCUGUGUUUUACUUGCCUGAAUCUCCUAGGUGGCUUGUUAGCAAAGGUAGAUUGCUUGAGGCUGAAAAGGUUCUGAAAAGGCUUCGUGGUGUUGACGAUGUUUCAGGGGAAUUGGCUUUGCUGGCAGAGGGUCUAAGCCCUGGGGGUGAAGCCACUUCUAUAGAAGAGUAUGUAGUAGCUCCGGCUAGUGAGCUUCUUGUUAACCAGGAAGCAGGGAAAGAUUAUAUAAAGUUGUAUGGUCCCAAUGAGGGAGUUACAAUGGUUGCUCAACCGGUGAAUGGACAAGGUAGCAUGAUAUCCCGUAGUAUGUUGUCUCAGCAAGGAAGCUUUGGAACGCUCGCUGGUGCUGGUCUUAAGGAUCCUAUUGUCAAUCUCUUUGGAAGUUUGCAUGAGAAUACUCUCCCUGAUGGUGGAGGUUCACGCAGUAUGCUAAUUCAUCAUGCCAACAGUAUCUUCAGUACAGGAGAUCCAGAGUCCAGCCCCUUUGGUACCAGUGACAACUUGCACGCUCCACUAAUGUCGUUUCAAGGUGGUGCCGGUGAGAAGGAUAGGGCUCAUGGAUCCAAGGACAUGUUAGGUAUGAGGAGCACUAGCAGCCUGAGAAGUAAUAGUAGUUUGGUCCAUGGGAAUGCUGUUGAAACACCUAAAAACACAAACAUUGGUGGAGGUUGGCAAUUGGUUUAUAAAUCAGCUGAUGGUGCUGGGAAAAGAGAAGGACUCCAAAGGGUUUAUUUGCACGCAGACCCUGCUACAAUGUCUCAAUCUCAACAUGUUUCAUUUGUUUCAACUUCUGGCUAUGACAUACCUAUAGAUGGCGGUGAAGCUUAUCAGGCUGCUGCUCUUGUUAGCCAGUCAGUUCUAGGUACUCAAGAUAUGUUGCAUAUGCCAGAAGUUGCUGCAAAAGGUCCAAAGUGGAAAGCUCUGCUGGAACCAGGAGUCAAGCGUGCAUUGAUUGUUGGAAUAGGACUUCAAAUUCUUCAGCAGGCUGCCGGCAUAAAUGGAUUUCUAUACUACGCUCCCCAGAUUCUUGAGCAGGCAGGAGUAGGGGCUCUUUUGUCAAAUUUGGGCAUUAGUUCAACAUCUUGUUCUUUUCUUGUAAAUGUCAUUACAACAUUCUGUAUGCUUCCUUGUAUAGCUAUUGCCAUAAGACUAAUGGAUAUCGCUGGCAGGAGGUCAAUCAUGCUGUACACAGUACCAGUUUUGAUAGUUUGUCUCCUGGUACUAGUAAUCCGGCAGUUUUUCCACAUCAAUUCUGUCAUCAAUGCAGCAAUCACUGCAGUUAGUGUUGUGGUCUAUGAAAGUGUCUUCUGCAUGGGCUUCGGUGUGAUUCCCAAUAUCGUAUGUGCAGAAAUCUUUCCAACAAGUGUUCGUGGAAUCUGCAUUUCCCUGACUUCCCUCACAUAUUGGGUUUGCACCUUGAUUGUCACUUUAAUAUUCCCCUACUUGCUCCAGCUUCUGGGCCUCACCGGUGUCUUUGCAUUAUUCGUUGUUGGCUGCAUCAUUUCAUGGAUAUUUGUCUACAUGAAAGUUCCUGAAACAAAAGGCAUGCCUUUAGAAGUUAUAAUUGAAUUUUUUGCUAUUGGUGGUACUGAUCCUGCCACAAUGGGAAUAAAAGGCUGAAGUCUCCGUGAAUAGUGAUAUGAUCAUCAUCAUGAGGAGAAGCAGCGUCGAUCAUCCAUAAAUUUUUAAGUUUUGUUGGUUUUGAUUCCUCAUAAAAUGAGUUGAGAAGAUUUGGUGGAAGACUGAAAAUGUUUGGCGAGUUUCGUUUUUGUGCUUUAGGAGAAAUUAUUAGAAUCUAGUAAUUUAUUUAUACAUAAUUUGAUUCAUGUUUAGAGUAUUAUAUUCUUUUAUCUUUCAUUCUGAGCACCUACCAGUUGUCACCAUAAUGGUUGUGUUUUCUAUAAUGAUGUCUCUCUUUUGUGUUUUCUACUUUGAUCCACAUUCAUUUACAAUCUUUACAGGUGAUAAGUU